UUGAAAAGCACAGUCUGAAAGUGAGAGAAUUUUCUGUUUACCACUCCUGCAACCAUGAGCAGUAACGGGACAGACUUCACCAUCGGCUACCUCUCCUCUGCUGUAGCAAUUCUCUUGUUUGGCUCCAACUUUGUACCACUUAAAAAAUAUGAUACGGGUGAUGGAAUGUUCCUCCAGUGGGUUCUCUGUGCUGCCAUUUGGUUGGUCGCCUUGGUGGUCAACCUGAUACUACGCUGUCCUAAAUUCUGGCCUUUUGCAAUGCUCGGUGGCUGCAUUUGGGCAACAGGGAACAUUGCUGUCGUCCCAAUUAUCAAAACCAUCGGUUUAGGUCUUGGGAUCCUCAUCUGGGGAUCAUUUAAUACCUUAACUGGCUGGGCAAGCUCAAGGUUUGGCUGGUUUGGGAUAGAUGCAGAAGAAGUGUCAAACUCCAUGUUGAAUUACUUUGGAGCUGGGCUGUCAGUAGUAAGUGCCCUCACGUUUUUGUUCAUCAAAAGUGAAAUUGAGGCUCCAUGCAAUGUGGACAACACACCACUGAUGACAGAACCUGUGAUUAACACAACUGAAGACCCCUGUGCUGAUUCCUCCUGGGUGGAUAGACUUUCUACCAAGUACCAUCGCAUUGUGGGCUGCAGCCUUGCAGUGAUAUCUGGAAUACUCUAUGGAUCUACAUUUGUGCCCAUCAUUUACAUCAAGGACCACGGCAAGAGAAAUGAGAGCAUAUAUGCAGGCGCUAGUCAGUAUGAUUUAGACUAUGUUUUUGCACACUCCAGUGGCAUUUUUCUUACAAGUACAGUCUACUUUGUGGCCUAUUGUGUAGCCAUGAAAAAUAGACCAAGGCUUUAUCCAGAGGCAGUCUUACCAGGCUUGCUGUCAGGGGUGCUGUGGGCCAUCGCCACCUGCUGCUGGUUCAUAGCCAACCACUCUCUGACUGCUGUGAUCAGCUUCCCAAUCAUCACUGCUGGUCCUGGACUUAUCGCUGCGCUGUGGGGUAUCUUCAUUUUCAAGGAAAUACAGGGUCUCCGAAACUACUUACUGAUGUUUCUUGCCUUCUGUAUCAUCUUGACUGGGGCUCUGUGCACAGCUUUUUCCAAAAUCUAAGUAUUCACAGCAAGACCAGCAGAUGGCAGCAGUGGCUAGGAGAACGCCUCACCCACACAGGUGAAUACAGCAGACUGCUGUGUAGCAAUGGAUCUCUGCCGCUCUGGGAAUGAUGGAUAAAUGACUGUUUACACCACAAACAUGAGAAUGAAGAGCCGUGGUGAAAAGCCCUUCCGAUGAGCUGUUAAUGAAGGCCGGACUUUGCUGGCUCACAGACAUGCUGCAUUCUUGGACCAUCCUGUCUGUGGGUGCUGGUUCCGUCAGUGUCUACUUAGUGUUAUAAUCCAGAAAAUAGGAAUAGAGUUUGUACAGAGGAAAUUACCACCCAAAUGUAUAACUUGUCAAUGAAGAGAAGAAAUAAAUACUUUGUUGGUUGAAAGAA